AGUAUUUUUCGUACCAUCGGCGUUAAAACACAUGUUCAGCGAUUUAGUGCGGGAGUGUAAACUAAUCUGAGUAACAACAACAGCAUCGUCGGCAAAGCAACAACAACGGCAGCAGAAAAUUUUAACACGUUGACGCUUUUUCUAGUGUUUAUAGCGAGCGGAAAAGCUUACUAAGCGCGUAACAAGCGAGACCCCGAAAUCUUUUUUCAUCUCGGUCUUUUCGCCUUUGCGUCUUUGAGUGUGCGUGCCAAAAUUCAAAUACGUCAUCGACGCGCGCAGCCUUAAAUCGAAAAGGAAUGAAAUAAUUGAUAUACACAAAUGCCAGCGAAAGAUUGAAUUCAAUUGCAGGAGCAACAAAUAGCCAAACAAAUUGAGGAAAACAAUUCCUCCAACCGCACAGCGACAACUUCAAUUAAUUAACUUGUUAUUGUGUAGUAGCAGUCCGCUUCUUGCCAUUCACCGCGAAACGCAGCCACACAAAAGAACGUGCAAAACAGCUGGGACUCGAACUGAGAGUAACGGAACGUCGAGCAACAAGUGCAGCAGCAGCAGCAGUAGCAGCGAAAACAGCAGCAACAUCAGCAUCAUCAACAACAAUACAAAGCCCUUUCAAUUGCUGGAGAGAGGGGUGGUCCAUGUGUCUAUGUGCACUCCAAUGAAUACGAAGACAACGGCCACUUUUGUUGUUGCCACAAUCAAUUAGAGUGAUAGCAGGCGGCAGAGGAAAAGCAGCGCGGCAGCAGCAUCCGCAUCAAUUUGCUGUCAGCAUCUGAAUCUUCGGGUCGGCAUUAUUCCGAAAAGUGUGAAUGUGAGCGUAGUUGCUCCCGUUCCGCCUCCGUAAUCGCAAGUGCUUGUUGUUAUUGUCGCACUCGUCUGCGAUCCGCGAACCGCGAUCUUUGCUUGUGUUUGUAACGGCGACGUCGUCUUGAUUGGAACGCUCUGUAUUUCUUGACUUUUUUCGUGCUUUUUUGAUUCCGAAACUGGUGUAUCUGUAGUUUCCCGCUAACGGCGAAAAUUCACACAACUCAUUGAUAUUUUAACCUCGUGUCCGCGUUGGCUGCCGCUCGACCAAGGUUCUGCCGCACAAAAUGCUCGUCUCUUUGGGCUUUUCGAAGCCUCGCUUCGUCGGAUUAAAAGUGCUCCUCUAGCACGCUCGCAAGUUAGUCCGGCCACAAAAAUAAGAAAACCCAAAACUUUAAAAUAUAACCAUAACCCAUUGAAUUGGCAGAAAAAGUUUUCACCACCCACCGAAUCGUACCGUUAUCGUUAUCGCGAAACAGAAUCCACAGAUAAAAAACGUUCCGUUUCACUUCGUCGUAAAUACAGUGCUAAAUCGUGUGAAACAAACUAAAGUCGCUGCAAAAACAGCCUAAUUUGUCUAAUGAAAGCCGAGAGCAUUUGUGAAUAAUUAGCCCCGAAAAAAAACCUGUUCGCAGUCACCGCAAAAAUUAGGCCCCAAUAAAAAGUGACGAUCCAAGAAACUGGCAUCUCGCCCGCUUGAUAUAUAACACCCCAACACAAACGUAAAGUUCGCGAUAACACCUAUACAAAAUAAAAAAAAGAGAGAAACCAAAUCCAGCGAAUCAACUUCAGAGUAAAGUCGCAAAGUCAGUGCAAGCCAGAGCAAAAUCGUCGAGCAAACCGAGUAGUUGUCCAAACGUUAAGUCGCAAAAAGUCUAGGAAACCACCCCUACAAUCGCUAUCAGAUUUCUAGUGCUAAUACGAUCGAAAUAAUGUCAGCCUUCUGACAGUGUAUAACAAAUAAAGUUACAUAAUCACCGUUGCAAAUCCAAUUUUUUUUUGGAAGCGAACCCCCAAAAGUGCCCAAUUGGAAUGUCGAAUAUCUGACAGUGACCAAACAAACAGCGAAAUCAGUCGAAACCAAACUCAAGAGAGAACCCCAACUGCAGAAGGAAAGCGAGCGAAGUUGUUAUCAGUGAAAAUAUACACACAUAUAUAUUCGAUUUCAGCGUAAACAACUACUAUAUAAUGUCCGUCGCCAUCUGACAGUGGUCCAAACAACCAGCACAAAGAGCUAGAAGUCGCCGCAGCCAGUGACAAGUUUCACCACAGCGAGUGAGACCUGUACCGUAGAACCAACACAAGACACUUAAGCUUGCAACACGGGCUAACCAAUUCAGCGAUAAAUGGAGAAAUCUGAAAUACGACUGCAACGCAUGUCUAAUGAAUAUCAGUCGCAAUCGAGCUAUAUGUACCUCCGGACCAAGAUGCUGUUAAAAAUCGAGAAUACCCUACUUCGAAGCCAUCGUCAGCGCGAGACCACCGGUAUCAAGAAACUAUACAAUUCGUUUUUCGUAUUGUUUUAAUUUGCCCCCCCGGCCAGUCCCGAACCCUCUCAAAAGGCCCCAAGAACACAAAACGCACAAAAGCAAAAUUUACAAUUCCACUCAACUGUGAGCCAAGUUAGAAAAAGUUACAAGAAAGCAAGUUAUACAUGUUAUACCUACGUUAAAUAAAUAUAUGAAUAAACUAGAGAUAUUAUUUGGUUGUUAGUAGAACUCACGUCAAGUGCAUAUGGUUAGCCCUCGUAUAUCCAAAGUGCUGUGCGACGAACGAACGAUUAAGUAAAUAAGUGUGUCAUAUGAGCAUUUUGAACAAGCCAAGCCAAAAUGUUAGCCUAAGCAAGUAAUCAGUAAGUGUUGGUCGAUCAAUAUACGGUUUCUACUUCGAAUAUUACUAUUACCAUCAAUCACUUUUGUUGCAUUUCGCAUUGCACCAAAAAACUUGAGCAAAAUUGCUGGCGAAAUUACUCCGGUCGGAAGUGGUGUUUCGUAAUACGGGUGAGAGCGAUCACGGUCAAAUAAUUCAGGAGGAUAUCAAACAACAAACAACAAUAAGCUUGGACUAAUAGAGACCAGAACGCGAUUCUAACGCCGUUAACUCACGUACCGAAUGGCGCUUUCGUUUCUAUCCCAAAACUCCGGUCUGUUGGAUUUACAAAGCAUAUUCGAUCCACAAUAUACUCAUCAUCAACAACAACAACAACAACUACUACAUUUGAGCCACCACCCUCAACAUCACAUUCAACAACACCAAAAUCAACAACUACAACAACAAGCGGAGCAAAUUCAACAACAUCAACAAGAACGCACCCUUUCAACAAAGUUCGAUUUGAACCUGUUCAACGAACUCGACCAAAUGGAAUUCAACAAUUUAAAUCGCAGUCAAUAUCAGAAUAAUAAUAAUAACAACAGUAUCAGCAAUAAUCAAAACUCCAACAACAAUACCAACACCACUAACGGUAUCAGUGAAAAUCUAAAUCAGAUCCAAAACCGCCACUUCAUCAGCGGCUACCACCAUCAGCAUAUUGGAUCGGACUAUGAGCAAGUGAUCAACUUUGUUGACUCGCCGCCAAACUCAGAGGAAUCGUGGACAGAGAGCAGCUCGCUAAUCGAACAAAUUACGAUUGUCGUAGACGGACAGUCGAAGGACUCGCCGGGACCGCAGAUCAUCGACGUGCAGACCAUUUACCUGAACAGCGGCUCACGCAAAAGACGAAUGGAUUGGGACUCUUUGGACAUUGGCCAAAGUGAGAACUCACCCACAGCAUCGCAGAGCGGCGACUUGCCCUCCAAAGUGGCCCAUCAGGAGAAGGAAAAGCACAAGCGCGAGAAGCACUCGGGUCGCAGCAGCUGGAGCGAUGAUAUCGGCUUCGAUCUGAACGCCGAGUUUAACAGCAACUCAUAUUUGAACAAUGAGAACUUCCUGUCGUUCUCGCCCACGCUGACCACCCUGAAGCAGGAGCCCCAGACGGAUCAGAUCAAGCCGAGCCCCAAGGUAUCCCUGGAUAAUGCCUCCGCAUCGCCCUCCAUCGCCAUUGCCAAGUUGGAUGAGGUCCAGAACUCGCCGUCGCAGGCUAUUUCUGGCCAAGACUCGGCUAACGGAUCGGGAUCGGCCGCAAACGGCAAGCAUGAUGUAAACUCCGGACUCGCCUGCGGGUGUGGCUCUCCUCAGGGUUCACCACUAGCCAACGCCGAGUAUGAGUUGAACGAAAAGGGAAAGCCCCAGCAACUUAGCGUUUUGGAUCCUGCUAAAAUCGAGAUCGGUUCGGCCAACGGAGCUACCCAUGCCGAGGAUCACAAAUUUCAGUACAUUUUGGCAGCGGCCACUUCGAUCGCCACCAAGAACAAUGAGGAGACUUUGACGUACCUCAACCAAGGCCAGAGCUACGAAAUAAAGCUGAAGAAGAUCGGAGACCUGUCCCUCUAUAGGGAUAAGAUACUGAAGAGCGUGAUCAAGAUCUGUUUCCACGAGCGCCGCCUGCAGUUCAUGGAGCGCGAACAGAUGCAGCAAUGGCAGCAAUCCCGCCCAGGCGAACGCAUCAUUGAGGUGGACGUACCGCUUUCGUACGGCCUCUGCCACGUGUCGCAGCCGUUGAGCUCCGGCUCACUGAACACUGUCGAGAUCUUCUGGGACCCACUGAAGGAGGUCGGCGUCUACAUCAAGGUCAACUGCAUUUCAACCGAAUUUACCCCAAAGAAGCACGGCGGCGAGAAGGGUGUGCCCUUCCGACUGCAAAUUGAAACCUAUAUAGAAAACACAAACAGUGCCACCGCCAGCGGCUCGGGCGGCAGCAACAACAGCGCCAUCGCCAGUGGCAGCGGAAGCAGUGGCUCCGCUGCACCAGCAUCUCCGGAACGGACACCCAGUGCCGGCAGCAAUGGUAAACAGGCGGUCCACGCAGCUGCCUGCCAGAUCAAGGUUUUUAAGCUAAAAGGAGCUGAUCGCAAACAUAAACAGGAUCGGGAGAAGAUCCAGAAGCGACCGCAAUCGGAGCAGGAGAAGUUCCAGCCCAGCUACGAGUGUACCAUCAUGAACGAUAUAUCCCUGGACCUGGUGAUGUCCGCCACCACAACCGGCUGCUACAGUCCCGAAUAUAUGAAACUUUGGCCAAACUCGCCCGUGCACAUACCCAAGUACGAUGGAAUGCUUCCGUUUGCGCCAAGUGCAGCAUCGCCGGCUACCAGCAGCAGCCCCAUAGCCAUCAACUCGGUGACAUCGACCAACUCGCCCACCCUCAAGCUGAUGGACGCCACAAACAUGGUCUCACCGCAGCAUGUGCCCGCUGACAUGGACGAUUAUAGCCAGAACAUAAUGCCGGAAUCGACGCCCUCGCAAGUGACGCAGUGGCUGACCAAUCAUCGCCUCACGGCCUAUCUUUCAACGUUUGCACAGUUCUCGGGAGCGGAUAUCAUGCGCAUGUCCAAGGAGGAUUUGAUUCAAAUUUGCGGCCUGGCCGAUGGCAUUCGCAUGUUCAACAUUUUGCGCGCCAAAACUAUUGCUCCCAGGCUAACGUUGUACGCCAGCGUGGAUGGAUGCAGCUACAAUGCCAUCUACUUGUUGUCGAACACGGCCAAGGAGCUGCAGCAGAAGCUUUUCAAGAUGCCCGGCUUCUACGAGUUCAUGGCCAAGGCCAGUGCCCAGGAGAACGGAGCCGGUGGAGCAGCCACUGCAGCUGCUGCAGCACUCUUCAACAAUUGGGGGAUGCACUCCAAGUAUUCGGGCAGCGGCUCCAAUAUCUUCAACGACGCCAACAAGAGCUGCGUGUACAUAUCGGGGCCAUCGGGCAUCCUUGUGACCAUCACCGACGAGGUGCUGAACAACGAGAUCAAGGACGGCAGCCUCUACGCGCUGGAGGUGCAGGCCGGCAAGGUGAUCCUUAAGCUGAUCAACAAGCAGGACAACAACUAAGCGAUGUUCUGGCAACGCGUAUGCACUGCAGUAGAGACCACCCGAGCAAUCAAGUAUAGUUUAUAGCAUUUACACGCAGUAAGAUGGCACAUCGAAACCGUUUUCUAUAUAGGUUUUAAUUUGUAUGAGAUUUCGCGCAGCAAUUUUGAACAAGUAAAAAGCAAGCAGCCUCUAACCCUGUUCCCUAAAAUCUUUGUUAAAGAACUAGUGCAAAAUAUUUAAGUUUCGUUUUCAGUUCUCAUUUUAAGUUUUGUUUAUUUUAUAUGUAUUUUAUACCACCUACGAUAUACGACUACAUAUGCACAUUUAAUUCUCCGAUGCGAUUGGAUUUCGAUUCGUUCUUUUCCUACUUUUAAUUUCUUUUAUCGUUAUGGCGUAUGCUUAUCACAUAAAGAACUAUUAUAUAUUUGUUUGUAGAACCACAUCAAUAUCAAUUGUUUGAAGUAGAAAGAAAAAACCC